ACUACAGGUUUAGGCAAGUUCAACACCAGCUGCUAAUAAUAUAUUCGUCGAUGCUAACAUUAAGGAGUGGUUACAGCUCAUACGUGCGUAAAGUGCGCGGACACCGAGCAUCGCUCACAUUAACAAGUUAGCGAGAUCAAUCAACUGCCAACCAGCCAUGGGUCCGAGAAAAAGGGAAGCAAGGAAGAGGAAAAAUGAAGAUUCUCUGGGAGAAAAGGAGGAGGACACUGAUGAGAAGGGGGCUGAGGAGAGAAGAGACAGGAGGAAGAAUUGUGGAAAUAAAUACAUUGGUGCUCAUGUUGGCAUACAAGGUGGGAUAUGGAAAGCAGUGGAGUCCUGUACAGAGAUGGGUGGCAGCAGCUUCGCCCUCUUCCUGGGCUCCCAGCGGUCAUGGAAGAGGCCUGCGUUGGACCAGACAGCUGCAGAAAGGUUUCGGGAGCAGUGUUCCCUGCAAGGGUUUGACCCGGCUCACAUCCUGCCUCAUGGGUCCUACCUGAUGAACUGUGGAUCUCCCAAAGAGGAUGUGUUUGAGAAGAGCCAGGCCCUGCUAGUGGAUGAGCUCAGCCGCUGCAGCCUGCUGGGCCUCAACCUCUACAACUUCCACCCCGGCUCCUCCCUGGGCACCAUCACCACUGAGCAAUGUGUGGAGAAGAUAGCAGGAGCCAUUAACCACGCUCACCAGCAAACCCCUGCUGUGGUCACAGUGCUGGAGAACAUGAGUGGUCAAGGCAGCACAGUGGGAGGAAAGUUUGUUGAGCUGAAGAGCAUCAUAGACAAAGUGAGAGACCAGACCAGAGUAGGCGUGUGUCUGGAUACCUGUCAUGCCUUCGCUGCAGGCUAUAACUUGGCUGUGGAGGGAGGAGUGAAGGCCAUGUUCGAUGAGUUUGAUCAGGAAGUGGGACUCCAUUAUCUCAAAGCCGUUCAUCUCAACGACUCCAAAGGGAAACUGGGCUGUAACCUUGAUCGGCAUGAAGACAUCGGUAAAGGUCACAUUGGAAUCUCUGCGUUCAGAGACAUCGUCAAUGAGCCCAGACUGGACAACAUCCCUCUGAUCCUGGAAACACCCGGACGACCAGGAUUCGAAUAUGCUGAGCAGAUUGAACUUCUUUACUCCCUGUGCAAGAAAUAGCAACAGAAAAAGACCUACUGAUGAAUUAGCAAACCUGUAAAAUGUCAGUUCACAUGACUGAAGACAAGAGUUUGUCCAAAAGUAGCACAGUGAAUGUAUGACAGUGCAUGUAGUUGGUUUGUUUAUCAGUUACAAUGUUAAUAGUUUCAAGAGGAAUUUUUUUUGUGUGUGUGUGUGUGUGUGGGGGGGGGGUUGUUUUGUUGUAUUUGAAUGAACAAAAGUUAAUAAAUGUUUUUGCUAGAA